CUUUGCCAAAUCCCACAGACAACAUAUACACAUGUUAUGGUGGAAACCGACAGAGUUACUUCCUGAAUUCCCCUGUCGUGUCAGGCUCGGCUCGACCAGGGAGAGCUGCUACCCACUGAGCUUUCCAACAACAGCCUGGACUUUGAAAAUUCACACACAGUAGGCGAAGAGAUUCCGGUAUUUCCCACAGAACUGAAUGCUCAUUGCCAACCCACCUUUCAGCUACAAUUAAGAAUGAACAGAGUCAAGUGGAGCUCUCUCAGUCACCUGAUGUAACAUCGCCACGGAAAUUACAGGAAAGUUUUCGUGGCUGGGAGGAACUGAAAUGGCAAAAAACACAUCGCUGUAUUUUCGUAUCAUCGAAGGAAGAAAUUUACCAGCAAAAGACGUAUCUGGCACCAGUGAUCCUUACUGCAUCGUCAAAGUGGACAAUGAGGUGGUGGCCAGAUAUGAUGAUGUCAUUGGGAAGAUCUCUCUUAAUAAGGAAUACAUAGCAACUCACCUACGAGGAAUUGACAACUGGAUAAAUCUGACUCGGAUUAACCCUGAUGAAGAGAUUCAAGGAGAGAUACACCUGGGUUUAGAGAUACUCCAAGACCGGCACACAAAGGCACUGAGAUGUCAGCUUAUUGAAGCGAGGACAAUCGCGCAUGUCCUGGAUGAUCUUGAGUCUUUGGACAAAUUUGCAGUCACAAAUGGAAUUAAAUGGAGCUGUACUAUAAAGAAGACUCGUUUUCCUCACUGGAAUGAAGUGUUUGAGUUUGAACUGGAGGAUGACUUGCCAACAGAAGGAAUGAUGUUCACUGUGGAAGUCUGGGACUGGGACAUGGUGGGAAAGAAUGAUUUUCUGGGAAAGGUUGACUUCAAUCUAGAUGCUCUUUUGAAGACUCAAGUGGCCAAGGGCUGGUUUAGAUUGAUGCCUUUUGAAAAAAAUGAAGACGAUGCAGGUGGUAAAUUAGGAGCAUUGCGAUUAAAAGUCAGGUUAGCAGAGGACCGGAUAUUACCAUCAAUGUACUAUCAGCCACUGAUCGAUCUCUUGGUGGAACCUGUGAUCUCUCCUGCCAAAAGUGUUGCAGCUGCAAGACCCACGAUAAGAACCACCCUGUCAGAAGCUUCACCGGCUUAUGAUACAGACCUUGCAUCUACAGACUGUCUAAACCAGGUUGAGGAUAUGAGCCCUCUCACCAUGCUGGAAGAGGUUACCACAGUGGAAAGCAGGCAGGAUGUGGCAGUAACGCUAGUAAAGAUCUUCCUGGGUCAGGGCCUGGUGGUGCCGUUUCUUGACUACCUGAAUAUGAGAGAAGUGAACAAAACAACUGAUCCAAACACUCUUUUCAGAUCCAAUUCCUUGGCUUCAAAGGCUAUGGAACAGUUUAUGAAGCUGGUUGGAAUGCCAUAUUUACAUGAGGUGCUGAGGCAAGUCAUUAACCGUAUUUUUGAUGAAAAGAAAUAUAUUGAACUGGACCCUUGUAAAAUUGACCUUAACAAAACAAGGAGGAUUUCAUUCAAAGGGAGUCUUUCAGAAGCUGGUGUACGGGAAUGUAGCCAAGAGCUUCUAAAAUCUUACCUGACUGAUGUGAUGGAUGCCAUUGUGGGGUCAGUGGAGCAGUGUCCUUCAGUUAUGAGAGUAGCCUUCAAACAGUUACAUAAACGAGUGGAAGACCAAUUUCCAGAAGCACACAAUGAGGAUGUCAAGUACUUGGCUAUCAGUGGGUUUCUCUUCCUGAGGUUUUUUGCCCCAGCCAUUUUAACACCCAAACUCUUCAGCCUGAGAGACCAUCAUGCCGACACGAGGACAGGAAGAACCCUGCUACUUUUGGCAAAGGCCGUUCAGAGUAUUGGUAACCUGGGCCUUCAGUUGGGACAUGGAAAAGAACAGUGGAUGACACCCCUUCAUCCAUUCAUUUUACAGAGUGUAAGCUGUGUGAAGGAUUUCCUGGAUAAGUUGAUAGACAUUGAUAAUGAAGUGACUGAACUUCAACAACGAGUAGUGUUCCACCCAUCAGUUACCAUUAAAGAAGGGUAUUUACACAAGCGGAAAGCAGAGGGAGUCAACCUUGUCACUCGUUUCACCUUCAAGAAACGCUAUUUCUGGCUAAGCAGUGAAACCCUGUCAUAUGCCAAGACUCCAGAUUGGCAGGUACGGUCAUCUAUUCCAGUCCAGCGUAUCUGCGCGGUUGAGCGAGUGGAUGAAAAUGCCUUCCAGCAGCUCCAUGUGAUGCAGAUCAUCACCCAAGACAACGAGGCCCAGCUACACAUUAUGUACAUCCAGUGCAAGAAUGUGAACGAACUGAAUCAGUGGCUUUCGGCUAUCAGGAAAGCCAGUAUCUGCAAUGAACGCACGCUUGCAUCCUUUCAUCCAGGUUCUUACAGGAGCAACCGCUGGACUUGUUGCCUGCACACUGACAGGACAGUUCGGGGAUGCAGCCGCACACAUUCUGCUGUAACCCUAGGUGACUGGAGUGAUCCACUUGACCCAGAUGUUGAGACACAGACCGUUUUCAAGCAACUCUUACAAGGCAGAGAAAAGCUGAAACAGAAGUACCUUGAAUCUUUAGAUGCAGAAACUGUGAUGGGCCAGGAAGGAAGAAUACAUGGUGUGGGGAUAGAGGAAGGAGUUGCCAAGAGCUGCUCCUUUCAUGGUCGGAAGAUGUCAGCGGCUGCCAGACUGCUGGAUGUUGUGCAAGAUCUUGAACGUGCUCACCAGGCAUUCGAACAGAGAGAGAAAGAGGAGCAGGCCAAUGAGAUGGUGGCUCCCUGAGUCGUACUGAGGCAAGACAUCUGAAAAAUCAGUUUGUGCGCUAUGUGCAGUGUGCCACAUACCAGUCCAGGCGUACAGUGGAUUUAACAAGAGCGAAUUCAACAAUACAAAUGUCAACAAACUGAAGUACAAACUUGCAGGUGUAAUGGACACUGAGAGCUGCAGAAUGGUUCAGACAUUCCUUUACAAGCUGCAUUAAAAACAUUAAAGAGAACGGGAUUGUCAUCAUAUCCAAGCAACUUCGGGGGAAAGUUGCUGAUUUGUUGCUGUUUAAGACUGAGGAUGGGAUUUCAUCUACUACUAAUGUAAGGCAGCUGAGCACAGGCACCUAUUAAUGCAAGAGCAGUGGCUACGUUUGAACGCUUUCCUGUCUGUUCUUUGGAGAUGUUUCAGUUCCAUGCAUUGUCUCCAGUAGUUUGUAAUUGCACCACAGGAAACCAAAAACAAUAAAUGUCUGAAAUUAUACAUCACAACCAGAUGUUGAGAACCCAGCGUCUGUAUGGCAGCUCUGCACCACAGGCACGCAUGUCAACUUGCCAAAACAUCACUGCACUGCUCAAAGCUGGUUCAGAAAUCACAGCUAAUUGUGGCAGUAUUUUUGUUUCACUGGCAAAAGUGGUUAUGUCCUUCCAGACUGAGCUGUUAACUUCUUUGUGUGGCAGGAGGAUAUCUUACUGGAUUAAGUGCAGUUAAGGGACUUACGACAUUGACAAAUAUGAUGAAGCGAAUUGCAUAAAUUAUAUUGCCUCUCUGUUUUCAAUUGAUCUUUCAACGUACCUAAUUUCCUGAUAGUCUGUUAACAAAUUAAUCAAGUUGUUGUACUGCUUCAUGAUAAAAACCCAACUGUUAAUAGUAUACUCUCUGCAACAUGCAGUUCAGAGGCCUGGGUUUCUGGAGCUGAUUAUUAUUUCAUCAGAUAUGCCGGGCUGGCCAAUUUCAUACAUGCUAGAGGUGUGUUCUUAGUUAAAGGGGUUAGGUUAGGCCUUUAUCUUUAAUGCACAUUUCAAUAGUUCCGGCAGCUUCCCAGUGAAAUUACACUUUCUGCCAAGAUGUUAGGAAAGGUGGUACGUAUGAGAUGUAUUGGAAACUUUUAAAUUUUGUGUUUCAUGGCUUUUUUAAAGAUCAUGUCACCAAGUGCACAUACUUACAGAUUAAGUUAUGUACAUCCCCUUCUGCAUUUGGUGUAUGCAUAGAUCAACUGACAACAUAGAAAUAUCAGUUUUGAUGCAGCAACCAUUUAAGGAUCUGUAUUGCACCAUUGAAAUUGUAUUUAUUACACACAACAGUUGAAGUGCCAUUAAAAUUUCUAAAACAAAAUUUAUUAAUUAAAGUUCCUAAGACCGAGAAUCAUGAGUAGUUUUGUGCAUUAAUGUUCAGUACUUGCAAAGUCCCAUUUGAAAAUGUUCUUUGCUUCAACAUUUGCAGGAAUACAGAAAUUGAUUGAUGCCUUUGGAUGCACCCUGGCUAAAUGAUCGGUUUAUGACAUUUAUUUCCCACAUUUUUUGUGCCUCCAGAAUUAAAUCACACUAGAUGGCAUCUUACACAAGGCAGGAGGUGUAAUCAGUUGUAUCCUGCACUGGUUUCACAGAUUUACAACAGCACAAAAGGAGGCCUUUUGGUCCAUCGUGUCUGCACUAGCUCUUUGAAUGAGCAUCUCAACCAAUACCAUUCCAUAACACCCAUCCCUCGACACCUCCUUUUCAAAUGACAGUCUAACUCCCUUUGAAUGCGUUAGUUGAACCUGCCAUUACCACACUCUCAGGCAAUGCAUUCCAGGCCCUUACCACUUGCUGAGUGAAAACUAUCUAUCUUCCCAUCCCUUUUACAUCUUUCACCAGUUACUUUAAAUCUGUGCCGUCUUGUUCUCAAUCAUUUCACUUGUCCAUCUGUCCAGAACCCUCAAGAUUUUGAAUACCUCAUUCAGACCCUGUCCACCAGUUUUAUGGGUAAGUGAAUGUUUUGUUCAAGUUUGAAAGUAACAGUAAGAAUUAUUGAAAUGCCCCUACCCCUUAAACUGCCCAUUACCCCCUCAUCCUCACUAACUCUCGGCACAGCCAGAACAGUAUCUAUGUCGGUUUUUGUUUGAUCACCUUUAGCAAGAUUGUUAGCAAAAUGCCACUUUCAUUGUGUCUCAAUGUGGGAUUGUUGGCAGUGUGUAUCAAUUGUUCCUGGGUGCUUAAUUUAUUUUGAAAUUGAAUUGCCUGCAUUUGCAGCUUCAAAUUAAUGUAGAAUUUUCAUGUCGUACCGUCUGUCGUGCUGUAAAUCCAGCACUGCUGCUAACGGGAGGAAGAAAUUUAAAGUAAGCCCUUAAUUGAGAAUACCAUUAAAGAGUGUUAGCACUAUUCUGGGCCCAACAUCAUUCAAUGGCAACACUAGAUUAUUAAAGUCCAAAAGAGAAACUUCAUGAAAUAGAAACUCAUAAAUCAUGUAAGGUCAGUGGAAUUUGUUGUGUGUAUUGUAUGUCUUUCUAGAGCAAAAUGAAUAAAUGUCCAGAAAAGUUUGUUUUUCUUUGGCAAAAUUAGAAAUUUUGAGGAAAAUUAUCACUCUUUCAGGAGAUAUCUGAGAUUUAGUUUUUCACUUAUUGAAUUCCAGUCUCAAUUCCUAUUCUUAAAACGUUUCACUUUUCUAUUACCACAGAUUUCCACUUCUCUCCCUGCCAAACGUCCACCACACUAUUCUGCAGUGUGUGCGGUUAUGAAGGCAAAGGUAAAGUUGCCAUAGUCCUACUAGACCAUAGAGCCGCUCUGUCAUUAGAGAGAGAAACAACUGGUGGUGGUUUAACCUAAGGGUCACCACACCUCAGGCAAGGGGAGAGUUGUGAAUGAAAUGUGUGGGUUGCUCACAAGCUACCCUCUUUAGGAUAUUGUGUGAAUAUGCAACAAGCAUUAAAGGUACCACGCAUAUCAGGCAUAAUAGGCCGCACACCUCAAAAUUUCGGGCAACCAUUGCCUUUCACAUUCUGCAAGAAUUUGUCUGAUAAUCUCUUUUCAACAUGCUUUGUUAAUGUGUCCAGAAUAUUGGAAUCUGUGAAGCAUGGGCAGAGCAGUAAACAUUGUUUUGUUAAUCAUCUCCCAAAAAACAAACCACACAUUAGUUAACUUGCUACAAAACACCAUGGUUAUUCUAUGGACAGAAAAUGCAUAGAGCUGAUUCAGGACCAGAAGAACCUGUAUAUAGUUUUUAGUGACUCUUGUUUUUCUUGAGUAGUUCCUUUGAAUUCAGACCUGCAAAGCCUUUGAUUGCUUCCUGAUGGCCAUCAUUCACCAGUAUAUAAAAACUGAAAGAACUGUGGAUGCUGUAAAUUAGGAACAAAAACAGAAGGUGCCGGAAAAGCUCACA